AAAAAAAAAAUAAAAAAAUCCAGAAGAAAUUUAUGGGUUAAGUAGCUGGGAAGGGUCUAGGAUUCUUCGUAGGUCCGUGGGCGGCCGUCCCCAACUGUAACCUCCAACUUUGCUUCAAUUUACGGUUUCUGCCAAAUUCACCCAAAAAGAGAAAAUAAAUAAUAUUAUGUAAAAAAAAUGAGAAGUAAAGAUAGCUUGUGGAGAGACGUCUUCCUUCUUCCCUUCCUUCCUUCCUUCCUUCCUUCCUUCCUUUCUUUCUCUUUCGUGUUUUCUAGCUCCGCGUAUUCAACGAUAUCUCUGUUGUGAAGAACAGUUACCAGGUUUUUGGAGUAGUUAGUUUUUGGCAUCUGAUUCAUCACCGAGUUCUAUUUUCUUUGAUUUAUUCUCUAGAUCUGAGGUGGAGGAAAGCUUUGGUAUUGUUGGAAUCGAGUGAUUUGAUUGCUUGUCUUAGUUGUUGUGUAUUUUGUGGUUUUCUGAGAUGAAAAUUCUGUGAAGGUUUUUUGGGUUUUGGGGCUAAGGAUUUUACGGAGAUAUGGAGGAGUUAGGUGCGCAAGUCGCUCCUCCUAUAUUUAUCCACCAAGCGCUUUCUAGCCGAUUUUGUGAUGCUCCCUCCAUGGCCAAAAAGCGUGAUCUUUCUUAUCAGACGACCAAUUUUCAGCUUCAGCAGCAGCACCGUUUUGUUCAAAACCCUAGAGACAACUGGAAUCCUAAGUCAUGGAAUUGGGAUAGCGUCAGGUUUGUCGCCAAAACCUCGGAUGGUGACGCCAACAUUUUGCAAUUGGGCUCUGCAUCUGCGGAACUGAAGAAGAAGACUGAAGCUUCAGGGGGUCAUUUGCCGUUGAAAAAGGCUGCUGUGGAUGAAGACGAUGGACUUCGCUUGAAUCUUGCUGGAGGCUUGAAUUCUGUUGAGGAGCCUGUCUCCAGGCCCAAUAAAAGAGUCCGCUCUGGAUCUCCUGGCACAGCUACCUAUCCAAUGUGCCAGGUCGAUAACUGUAAGGAAGAUCUAUCUAAUGCAAAGGAUUAUCACCGCCGUCAUAAAGUUUGUGGGGUUCAUAGCAAAUCCGCUAAAGCUCUUGUUGGAGAGCAGAUGCAGAGGUUUUGCCAGCAGUGUAGCAGGUUUCAUCCACUUUCUGAAUUUGAUGAGGGGAAAAGAAGUUGUAGGCGCAGGCUUGCUGGGCACAACCGACGGAGGAGGAAAACCCAACCUGAUGACGUUACCUCAAGGCUGCUACUCCCUGGAAAUCGGGACUCAACCGGCAAUGCCAAUUUAGAUAUAGUUAACUUGUUAACUGCUUUGGCGCGCACUCAAGGGAAGAAUGAGGGAAAAAUUAUUAAUAACGCACAGGUGCCAGACAGGGACCAACUUAUUCAAAUUCUGAGUAAAAUAAAUUCAUUACCUUUGCCAAUGGAUCUAGCAGCUAAGCUUUCAAAUAUCAAGAAUCUAAAUAGCAAAAAUCCUGAUCAACCAUCAGCAGAUCUCCAAAAUAGAUUGCUUGGAAAUACAUCUUCUCAAUCAACUAUGGACUUACUCGCUGUUCUUUCAGCAACUUUGACAGCAUCUGGACCAGAUGCUCUUGCAUUUCUAUCUCAAAGAAGCAGCCAGAGCAGUGAUAGUGAGAAAUCUAAGUUGACUUCUCCUGAUCAAGCUACAGGUCCAAAUCUGCAGAAGAGACCUAUCAUAGAAUUCCCUUCUGUGGGUGGUGAGAGAAGUAGUAGCUGUUACCGGUCACCUGUUGAAGAUUCAGACUACCAGCUUCAAGAGAGUUGUCCUAAUUUACCUUUACAGUUAUUUAGCUCGUCACCUGAGGAUAAUAGUCCACCAAAACUGGCCUCUUCUAGGAAGUAUUUCUCUUCCGACAGUAGUAAUCCAAGUGAAGGUAGAUCUUCAUCAUCAUCUCCUCCAGUUGUGCAGAGGUUGUUUCCAUUGCAGAGCAUGGCAGAGACUGUGAAAUCUGAAAAGAUGUCAAUGAGUAGAGAGGUCAAUGCCAACACUGAAGGUAGCAGAACUCAUGGAUGUGCUUUACCUCUUGAGCUCUUUAGAGAUUCAAAUGGAGGAGCUGAUCAAAGUUCAUUUCAAACUUUUCCAUAUCAAGCUGGAUAUACAUCUUCCUCUGGGUCAGAUCAUUCACCUUCUAGUCAGAACUCUGAUGCUCAGGAUCGCAGUGGGCGGAUAAUCUUUAAACUCUUUGAUAAAGAUCCUAGUCAUUUACCAGGAAAACUUCGAACACAGAUCUAUAAUUGGCUUUCUAACAGUCCAUCUGAAAUGGAGAGCUACAUAAGGCCUGGUUGUGUGGUUCUCACUGUUUAUUUGUCCAUGUCAUCUGCAGCUUGGGAGCAACUUGAAAGAAACCUGCUUCAACAAGUCUACUCUUUGAUUCAAGAUUCAGAGUCUGAUUUGUGGAGGACUGGGAGAUUUUUACUACAUACAAGCAGGCAACUAGCAUCGCAUAAAGAUGGAAAUGUUCGUUUAUGCAAAUCCUGGAGAACAUGGAGUUCCCCAGAGUUAAUCUCCGUGUCCCCAUUGGCAGUUGUUGGUGGGCAAGAGACCUCCCUCAUGUUAAGGGGAAGAAAUCUGACUAAUCCUGGCACCAAGAUCCAUUGCACUUAUAUGGGAGGAUACACAUCAAAGGAAGUCAUUGGAUCAACUUCUCCAGGAGCCAUGUAUGAUGAGAUAAAUGUGAAUGGUUUUAAAUUCGAUGGUGCUUCUCCUAGUGUUUUGGGUCGCUGUUUCAUUGAAGUGGAAAAUGGUUUCAAGGGCAAUAGUUUUCCUUUAAUAAUAGCCGAUGCCACAAUCUGUAAAGAGCUGAGACUUCUUGAAUCUGAGUUUGACGACGAGACUAAAGAUACUGAUAUCAUUGCAGAAGAACAAGCUCAAUGCUUGGAUCAGCCUAGGUCAAGGGAGAAAGUUCUGCACUUCUUGAAUGAACUUGGAUGGCUAUUCCAACGGAGAAAAGUAUCUUCUAUGUUUGAGCUUCCAGAAUAUUCACUUAGUCGGUUCAAGUUUUUGCUCAUUUUCUCAGUUGAAAGAGACUAUUGUGCGUUGGUCAAAACAAUUCUGGACAUGUUGGUAGAAAGAAAUUUGCAUGCAAGUGCGGUAUCCAAGGAGUCAUUGGAGAUGCUCUCUGAGAUUCAGCUUGUGAACCGGGCAGUCAAAAGGAGGUGCAGGAAAAUGGUGGACUUGCUUAUCCAUUACUCCAUCAACGGCAGUGAUAUUUCCUCUAAAAAGUAUAUCUUCCCACCAAGUCUUGCUGGACCUGGUGGUAUCACAUCUCUACAUUUGGCUGCUUGCACUUCAGGUUCUGAUGAGUUGGUUGAUGCUUUGACAAAUGACCCACAGGAGAUUGGGUUGUCCUGUUGGAGUUCUCUCUUGGAUGCAAAUAAUCAGUCUCCAUAUGCAUAUGCUCUUAUGACGAAUAACCACUCUUAUAACACAUUGGUGGCUCGUAAACUUGCCGACAGAAGAAAUGGUCAAGUUACUGUGGUAGUUGGAAAUGAGAUGGGCCAACCAUCAUCUUCAAGGACUACAUCAAAUUUUCAGCAAGGGCGUAGUAGAUCUUGUGCAAAGUGUGCAUCUGUCGCAGCAAAAUACAACAGGAGGGUUAUGGGUUCACAGGGUUUGCUUCAGCGUCCCUAUGUUCAUUCGAUGCUUGCCAUUGCGGCUGUAUGCGUUUGUGUGUGUCUGUUCUUGCGAGGUGCCCCAGACAUUGGCUUAGUUGCUCCCUUCAAAUGGGAGACUUUGGAUUAUGGCACCAUUUAGUGAAAAUGCGGAACUUUUUUUGGGUAGAAACAGGAAGGAGUUGAAGAAAUAACCUACCCGGAGCAGACAAAAAGCUAGCAAUCAAAGGUAUGUGUUCCUAUGAUGCAGUUAUUCUGGAAAGGAAAAUGUGGUAAGUGGGUAGAGCAAGAGGGUUCCCUGCCUAUUAGAGAGAGAAAAUAGGUGCAGCUGCUGGCGUGGCAUCAAAUGCUGCCGCAAGUGUUAGCAAAGCUGAAUUCUGUGAGGUUAUAGGCUAUGCUAUGCUUUUUAUCUAAUGUUUGGGUUCAGAAAUAUCAAAUCUUUGGAGACCUGGGAAAAGAAUAGCUGUUAGAUGCGAUGGGAGGUGGGAGAGAGCAGAAGUCUGAAGGAUUUUACUUGGUUGGACCUUUUUCAUUUAAAAGUGAAGUGUUAAGGGAAAUGGGAGGGGGGAAAUGAUCUUAAUUCAUAUCAGUCGUUCUUCCUUUGCUAAUUUUUCCCUCCUACGAUUAAGAGAGAUACUAAGUUUGAGUUAUUACUGACAAUGUAUUUGAUUUCUUUACUGUAAUGUUGAUCAUUAGAAUCAAUCACAUAACUACUGAAAUAUUGUAUGAUAAAAUAGUGAAAUAUUUGUUAAAUUAUAUUUGAAAUAACAGGUCAGGCAUGUUCCUUUUUAAUAUCC